AAUUUUAUACUCAGUCGAUUGGAUAUUAUUUAAUUUAUAUGUUUUCGAAGAAUUAUAUAUAAUUGUGUAUUAAAAGCAGGAUGGAUGCAGCGGACAGUGAAAAUGAUCCUUCAAAUAAAGCUGUAGGUUUAGUGGAAAGGAAUGUUAUACCACAAGGUAUACCAUUGAUCGAUCCAGAUUCUGUAGCAAAAGUGGAUGGACAUGAUUUGAUGACACUGAUAGCAGAAAUUGAAAGGGCAGAUAAGUGUAUAAAAGACAAUGCAUGUAAUAAAUUGCAAGUGAUUGCAACACAAAUUAGAUUUUUGCAAAAACAGGCCCAGGAUAUCUUGAUGGAAGCACAAAGACAUUCAAAACUGCAUCAUGUAGCUUGCAAUUUUGUAAAACAGCGGGGUCACAUAUAUCAUUUAUAUCAACGAGAAUCAGGGCAGCUUUAUUUUUCCAUGCUUAGCCCAGAAGAAUGGGGUAAUUUUUCUCUAUCACAGAAUUACAAGGGUGCUUAUAGAUUUGAAGGGGACUGUUCAUGGACACCAAUAUCUGAAUUGGAGGCAAAGGACGAGAAUUUACAGCUGUUGAGAAAAUUUUUACCUCCCAAUAUGACUAAACCUAUAUUAGAUAUAAAUACGCAAAUAUAACUAAAUUAUAAAAAGUACAAAAAAAUUAGGAACAAAAUAUAUAAAAAAAAUCUAAGACUAUCGAGCUAACUUCAGCUAAUUUAUUUCAAUCUUGAUAGAUUAAAUAUCUCCACAUUAUAUAACUCAACAAACAAAUUUAUUUCGUAAUAUCGACUUAGACUCUCUAUUUGAUAAAUGUACAUACAAAUAUAUUUCUCUACAUAAGUAGAAUAGAUAUUUGCUUUGUUAUUAUUGUAAAUUACAUAUAUAAUUUUUUACAUAAUUUUGUGAUAGUAUGUUUACAUACAUCUUAUCGUUCAAAACGAUAUCUAUUUUGUACGAGAGUAAUUCUUAUUGUGAUACACUAAUACUUUAAUUCCAUUGUAAAUUCAGUUGUAAAUCCAGUGAUCGGCUGUAUAAUUAAUUAAACAAAUGUCUUUUUAAAUGCAAUAA